AUGAGCAGGAGAUGGGUUGAAGAUCAUGGAUUCCCACACUCUCCACCUAAAAAAAACUUGACUUAUUUUACUUUCUUCUCUGAACUGGAGCACUCAGAUAAUUUUAGCCGUACUAUUCUAGAAACCCUGGUUAUCACUAUUGUUUUCCUGGUCUCAGUGGCUGCCAAUGUAGGAGCCGCAGUCCUGGUAACCUGUGAACGCAGACUGCUGGCCAACAAGACCAUCCUCACGCUCAACCUGUUUGUGGCUGAUCUGCUGUUUGUCAGCAUGAUUCCUCUCAUUGUGGCUGUGCGUUGGACUGUGUCCUGGACGCUGGGAUAUGCAGCGUGUCACACAGUGCUGGACGUCAUCUGUAUGAGUGGCUGUGUCGCCGUCACCACCCUGGCCACAGUCAGUGUGGAGAGGGUACAAGCUAUUCUCCGGCUGCAGACUGUGCCAACUUUGAACCCCAGGAUGGUGACGGUUACCCUCAUCUUCACCUGGGCCUUUUCUGCACUCACAUCUGUACCCCUCAGCUUGUUCUUCACUGUGAUGGAAGUGGAUUUUCCUAAACAUGAACGUUUACACAUCUGUACUCUCAAGUGGCACGAUGCAACUGCAGAAAUUGUGUGGAAUGUAGCCUUCACUGCACUGUGCUUCCUUCUGCCAGGAAUCAUGAUUGUAGUCAGUUACAGCAAAAUAUUACAGAUUGCUAAACAUCGUAGAUGGAGGCUCCCACCCAGAGACAUUGAACUCCCUGUUGGAGACUCUCUGGACUGCCAGGUCUCAAGGCAGGACUUGAAACUCCUCCGCACAAUGCUGGUCCUGCUGCUCUCCUUCUUAAUCAUGUGGAGCCCUAUUUUUAUUAUCACCUUCCUCAUAUUGGCCAGAAACAUGCUGGGGCACAUUUGUGUCUCCUCUACCAUGUUUUUCUGGGUGAUAACUUUUACUCUGUCUAAUUCAGCUUUUAAUCCCAUCCUCUACUCAAUCUGCCAGUUCAAGAGCAGCUGGCGUAAACUCUGCUGCCCCUCUAUUGCUGGAAUCCUCGAAGAGUUUGACACUGGGCCAGUGGCGUUUGCUGAAGUCAUAGGCGUGGUUUUGGAUGGAGAUGCUCCGUGUGCUCCCGCUGGGAUUCCCACCUGCCCUCAGACCGCGUUUGUCACAGCGCCAAAGAGCGACGGCGCACUUGGUGGAGAUAAACAAGAGCGGACAGCGCGUCGCCUGGUCGCCUGGCCUCCAGGCAGCAGCAGCGGGAAAGAAACCGCAGCAGAGACUCUGGUUCACGUGUAG